GGCCGUCUCUCUUUUCUUUUACUUUCUUCUUUUUUUCUUUUACCACUUGUAGCAAAACAAAGAAAGCACACCCAGUUCAAAAGAUGCUUCGACGACGGCUGGUGGCAUCAUCACAGCCAUCAAUAUCAUCAUCGUUAUUAAUCCUACUACUGCUAUCCUUUUUUGUCGGAUCCAGCCAUGCUUACUUUAAUGCAGCCAACCUACAAACGGUAUUACCGUUCAAAAGCGUGAUGGCAUCUACACAGCGCAACAGCUCACUUGUCCUGUUUGGUGGCGAGAAUGCGACGAAUUCUUAUACCAACGACCUAUUCCAGUUGACACAAACCUCGACCGGAUUCACAUGGACAGCGCUACCACAGAACAACACACCACCACCCAACUCCUUUGGACGCUCAGUCUACAUUGACGGAAGUGACGCCAUGAUGCUUCUGGGCGGCAUCACGCAAGAUACCAAUAACCAGCUCGUUCCGCUACAGAUGUAUCUUUACGAUUUCGCUUCCGGAAACUGGCAACCCUGGGCCGGCAACAGUGUGAACACGUCGUCCAACGCAUCGCUUGCUAUUCCGCCGAACCGUAAAGAGUUUAGCGUAUCCUUGGAUAAUCAAAACAGCCGCGUCUAUGUCUAUGGUGGCUCCGUCAACCAGACGAUAGUAUGGAACGAUCUUUGGGUAUUGGAUUUGUCCACCAUGGCCUAUUCGCAGCUUCCGAGUUCCGAUGUUGCACGAUACGGACAUACGACGUCCUUGCUGAGUAAUGGUCAGCUUGUUGUCAUUGGCGGUGUGAUCGUCACAAGCACGGGUGACACGGGUCUAGCAUCUAUGGGACAGCUUUAUAUUUUCGAUACUCGGACGUCAACCUGGUCGAUGCAAAACACUACAGUUACAGGCGGUGGUCUCCUGCCUUCGACGCGAUCGGCACACAACGCCGUUGUCGGCGCGAAUGAUCAGAUCGUUAUAUUUGGAGGUGACAGCGGUGGAGAUGAGCGCACGCGGCGGUAUAUCAAUGCGGUUGCCCUAUUGGACACUGCAUCUUGGACCUGGACCGUCCCAACCGCUCAGGGGAUUCCACCAUCCCGUCGCUCCUAUGCAGCUGCUGCCAUACUCGACGGCACUCACAUGACCGUAGCAUUUGGUGCAUCUUUAAAUAUGCAAUACAACGAUAUCAAUGUGUUGUCACUCGACAGCGGCAAGUGGUUGCAGACUUUCGAGCCUGAAGAAUCAGAAGAGAGUUCGGGCUUAUCUGCUGGAGUGAUUGCUGGUAUCUGCAUUGCAGCAGUUGUUCUGCUGUUGAUUAUACUUUUCCUUUUAUGGCGUUUCCAGUCGUACGUACGUUGGCUGGUUACUCGACUCCAUGGUGAUAUAUGGCGACCAAGAGCUGGCGAACCGGUAUGGGCCGAAACGACACGCAUGUGCUGCAAAGUCUUACUAUUGUUCGUAUUUGUCGCGUGUCUCUUCUUUAUCAUUCGGCAAGCUAUCACCAGUCCAAGCGUUAUCCAGCGUAUUGAAGAACCUGUUGCUCAAGUGGAUGUGCCUGAUGUCCGAUUUUGUUUCGAGGGUUAUCCAAGCUUUCCCAGCCCAAUGGAUCCAAGAAAUCCCGGUGUCGUAUGCCAGACCGACAUUGGCUUUUCAUGUUCAGAGUAUGUGCAAGCCUUGAACAUGAGCGUUUUUACACCUGUGUAUGCUUCGGGUCUUGGUGCAGUCACAUGCUUCCUAUUCCGUGCGCCCAAGUAUUUCCAAAUGACCGCAACAUCGGGUGCCAACAACGGCUCCCGUCUCCUGUUCUAUCCAUUCGGCGACCAAUCUGUUACCUAUGGCCGAGUGCAUGUUUCGCUCUAUCCAAAGGAAAUGGACCCCAACGUCAAACUCUUUGGCAUCCAAGACGAUAUACCUGUAGUCAUGUCCGACAUGGACGUCUUGAACUGGAUGAACGGCGAGCGCAACGAUAUCCAAGUUUCCAACGUGUACGAUCUGCAGCCAAACUCAUAUGGUGCCAUCAGCUACGAACUCGUCGACCAUCAGUAUUUGCAAGACGUGGGCUGGAACUAUGUCGGCUUCUCGCCUAUCACCAACUCGACGCCUGAAAUUGAAACGAACUUCCGUCAAGAAGCACCGAAUCCAAACUAUACAGCGACACAUCCGAGCUUGGGCCAAAUGGUUAUCUAUCCAUCCGGCUUUGUCCACGCGCGCGACCGUGAGGUGAAAAUGUACACUUUACUCAAUGCACUUGGCUUUGUCGGUGGUAUCUUUGGCUUGUUGCUGGCAUUACAGACCUGGUUGUUUGGCUAUCGUCCCCGUUCCCCAUGGGGCGUUGUUCAGCGUUGGUCGAUCGGUGACAUGAAGCGCUCGCUCUUGGAGGGACUCAGCAGCAACUUCCGUACAGCAUCAGAGACGGGUAUUCCUUUUAUUCAUCCAGUCCAUCGUCGGUUUAGCGUUUUGAACGCCGGCGACAUCCAUGAAUCCGAAAGAGAACGGGUUUCAAGGGUCGAGGAACGUAUGCAGAUCUUGGAACUGUUGUUCAAGGCUUAUUAUGUGGAUGACGAAGUGUUCCGGUCCUUGGAUAAUGCUAACCGUCGUGAAACCGGUAUUGUGCCGACUUCGGAUAGCGGUCCAUUGUUCCCUCCGUCAUUAUUUGAAAAGGACGAGCCUAGCAGUAGCCGUGAUAGUCAAGAAAGAGGAUUCUCCUCCGGAUUCCAUCAUCGAAGUGCCAGCACCACAAGUUCGGAUGGUACUCCAUCUUCUCGGCAGCCUCUCAAUAAUAUUUGAAUAGUUUAGUAGCAGUAAUAUCUUUUCUUAUAUCAAACCUCUUCCCGCCUGCAUCAUCUUUUUUUUUUGUUUUCCAUUCCUUUUACCACGCACAUAUUCUUUCUCUUUUAGAUAUCCCAAAACAUUGUACGUACAUUUCAUUCUUUCUUUUUUUGUGGAAAAAAAUUUUAGUUAUACAUAGUCAGUUUUACUACUCUAAAAACAGAUCUUACAUGCUUCGCUACACAACUGCCAAGAGAAUCUGGUAUGUCUCAUGAUAUGGUACAAGAAGGACCUUGUGGACAUAAAUAGCUUUAGGUAUUGUUGAGAAGAUGAUCCAAAAUUAGCAACCGAUCUCC